GAUAGCCCCGUCCAGCCGGCCCCGGCGCCGGAUUCGCAGCGUGAGGACCAUUUUUACACCAUGGCCGCAGGCAGCGCCGCGGGAGCCCUCCUCCUGUCCAUCUGGGUGCUCCAGCUCGAUCUCAGCAGCUGCCAGAGCUUACCGCGUUUUGGAUAUGUAGGUGGGAACGUCACUUUGUCACCAGCAAGUACUGUAAGCUUUACAGAAAUCACAUGGAAAAAGGGAAUUAAUAAGAUCAUAGACUGGAGUGGAAACAAGGAGCCUACACAUUACCCAGUUCCUAAUGACAGGGUUCAUUUAGACAUUAAGUCAGGUGACCUUGUCCUCUUCAAUUUAACAUCAUCAGAUGAAGAUGAAUAUGAAAUCGAAUCCGUGGAUCUUACACAUGGCCAGAAAUUUAAUCUUACAGUCCUCGACCCUCUUCCGUCUCCAACACUAGGUUGUUAUUGGGUGAAUGAAAGCAUUUCUGUCCACUGCGAGGUGCCUCAGAGUUACAGGCGACAUCGGGACCUGUUACGCUGCACGUGGAAUUGCUCUUCCCAACAGUGUGAGAACAGCUCGCAACUCAUGGCCCUUGUUGCCAACUCGCCACCUGAGCUACGUUUUACGAAGGAUGACGAUCUCUCACAGGAAGUACACUGCUUUGUUAAAGAUCCAGUAUCCAGCAGGACAUCAUCGAAGGUUUUGUCAACCUGUGUCCCAGCUGAUAAUCCAAGGCAUAGAUAUCUACUCAUAGCUAUAACAUUCGUAGGAAUCUUCUUUUUAAUAGGAUUUCUGUGCUAUGCCAGACGGGCAGAAAAAACCACCGCCAGAUGACGGAACCAGAUCCGGUCCUCACCCAACGCAGCCUGGAUGCCACCGAUUGCCUCUUCAGUGUUACAGUCUCUGAGAGCCUUCGUUACCUUCACUCCAUCAGUGUUUUUUUUUUUUUUUUUUUUU